AGGGAUCUUUCGCAGCGGUUCAUUCUCCGCCUAUAUGUCAAAGCCUCUGGAAGCAAGUGCAUGAAACUUUGAGGAACCAUGCCGAAAACUAUUAAGGAUCACCUGGAGAAUACCUUUGAGGAUCUGGGGGAGGGAAAUCUAAAAAAAUUUAAAAUCAAAUUGCGCGAUCGGAAGGAAGAACCGCGCAUACGACAAGCUACAAUUGAAAAAGUUAAAGACGCUCUAGAUCUCGCUGAUUUAAUGGUGAACACUUUCACAUUGAAUGGCGCGGGUCCUGUAACACUCGAAAUAUUAGAGGUUAUUAACUGUCAUGAACUGGCAGCGGAGCUCAGAGAGAACAUAGGAGACGCUCCAGUUGUUCCUGGACCUGGACCGGGGGCUCCAUCUACUGAGCACUUCAUCGAUAAGAAUCGGACAGAACUGAUAGCACGAGUUAACAAUGUGGAUGCCAUCCUAGAUGAACUUCAUCAGAAGAAAGUCAUCUCAUUCGAGGAUUACAGUAACAUUCGUGCUGAGAAAACCAAACCGAAUAAGAUGAGAGAGUUAUUAAUGGGCCCAAUUAACUCUGCUGGCACUAGAGGGAAAGAUGCUUUAUAUCAAGCUCUCAAGAAGUCAGAUCCCUUACUAGUUGAAGACCUUGAGUCUCAGAGAAAGUGAAUCUGUCACAAAAUCAGGUCCAAAAUCUUGCUUGGUUGAACAAAAACUAUUACAUCUUUAUUGAGGAUUAAAACACUUGUCUAAUGUCUUGAAAAAAUUGUCUUUGCUCACUUAAAUCUUUUUUUUAAUCACCAGUCAAUAAACAACCAAGUCAAGAAACCA